AUGCAUAGUGAUCUUUGGGUAGGAGUGCUUCAACAUGUUCAGAACGAACAUGAAUGGGCAUUGUCAUAUGUCGGUCUGUCACCAGGAUCGUGCUCCCAUGGUGAAUUAGAAGAAAACAGGGACAAAGAAUGGAUAGAGAAAGGAAGCCCAGCACAUCUAGCCCUGACCAAAAUCGUACUUGACAAGCGCUUCCUGAAUAAUAUCCACUACUAUCUCAAUUUCAGGAGUACAUCAAAUUUAGAGAUUUUUAAUAACCAUAUUCUCAUGUAUGCAUCCAAGAGGAUAUCGUAUUCACCACCAGUAUAUAGAGCAAGAAACAUCUUGGCAGCUCUUGACUACAAUUUGAGUGUGGAUCUUCCAACAGAUACUCGAAAGGAUGGCACAACAAGAUAUCAUAGGACUUAUUCCAAGAAGACUGGGAGGUGGACUGUAGUCCAAAGGAAAACUCAGAAGACCUACAGCCAUGUCUCGGAUAUCAUGAGGAAGAUUCUCCAAAGUCGCUUGGAGUCGGUGGGAGGCAUGCACCAGGCAGCUGAACUUGCAGAAGGAGACCCUCGACGCAUUUCCAGAACCAUAGCCCCAAAGUCACCACCUCCAACAACCGAGCUUGUGGUCAAGAAGAAAUCAAGAUUUCAAUAAAUAGACUUUAAAUUUCUUAUGACAGGCUCAAGUGAGCUGUUCUGUUCAAAAUUUGUCUCCCGUUUAUGGUCAUAAUAGUAACAAAUUCUUCAAAAAUAGUUAGAAAUAUUCAAAGCACACAUAUUUUAAAGCCAGAUGAAGGUGAGAAUCAAAAUCGGCAUAUUAAAGUAACAGACAGGUCUGCUGUUAUUGAUUACGAGUGAAACGCCCCAAAAUUAAUGACAUCAGUAUAUUUCUCUUUAUAUUUUUGGGGUAUUAUUGAAAUUGUUAGUUGUAUUUUUUUUUUAAUGUUUAAUGUUUCAUUUUGUUAGGUGCACAAAUAAAAUAAUUAAACUGAAAUAAACUAAAAUGACUAAGAUAGCUAAAUGUUAAUGAUGGCUUUUAAUCAGUAGAAAGAAAUAGAUUGACAAUGUGUACCGAGAUUCCAUUGUUUGUG